CGUUUCUUUCCUCCCUUUUUUCCGAAUUGGUUGUGAGGGGCAGAUUCGAGUUACAAAAUGGCGGCCUGGGGCGUGCGGGCCGCUGCUCUGGCAGCGGCCUCGUGCUGAACGGGCGGUGCUCCCCGUCACCUCCCAACGCUGAGCGACGAGGUCCCCGAGGGACAUGGUGUUUGAGACUCAGGGCUUGCCCACCACCGAAUCCUUCGAGGCUCUCAGCGCACCGGAAGCCGCCGGGCGGCGCUGCCCAGCCGAGCGCCGCGGCCGCGACCCCGCACCUGCUCGCCGCCGCGCCCACAAGCCAGCGAGGGCCGCGGCUGUCGCCCGCGAAAUGACAAAGAUUAAGCAAAACUUGACCAAGUGUUUGGGAGGGAGGCAUUAAAAAAAGAGGAUUUGCAGGUUCGAAAAAAUGGCCAAAAGAAUUGCCGAGAAGGAAUUGACAGAUAGGAAUUGGGAUCAAGAAGAUGAAGCAGAAGAGGUGGGAACAUUCUCCGUGGCCAGUGAGGAAGUCUUAAAGAACAGAGCCAUAAAGAAAGCAAAACGUAGAAAUGUUGGAUUUGAAUCUGAUGGUGGAGGGGCCUUUAAAGGUUUUAAAGGUUUGGUUGUACCUUCUGGAGGUGGAGGGUUUUCUGGAUUUGGUAAUGGUGCUGGAGGGAAGCCUUUGGAAGGACUGUCAAACGGAACCAGCAUAACUAGUGCCCCUCCCUUUUCCAGUACAAGGGCAGCGACUGAGACCAAGGCCACCUUGGGCUCUAUUGCUGUAAAUGGCCCUACCUCCUUGGUCGAUAAAAAGAUUUCAAAUCCCAAAGCUAAUGGCGACCGCCAGCAGCCCUCCUCCUCCGGCCCGACUUCUGGCGCUGGCCGCCACGGGAAUGCCUACCACAAGCAGUUGGCGGCCUUAAACUGCUCUGUUCGGGAUUGGAUCGCGAAGCAUGUGAAUACAAACCCACUCUGCGAUCUGACACCCAUCUUUAAGGACUACGAGAAACACUUAGCAAGCAUCGAACAGCAGCAUGGAAACAGCGGCAGCAGUAAUUCCGAAAGUGAAACCAGCAAAAUAUCAGCUGAAACACAGCCUCCUUCCCUGUUUGGUUCAACAAAGUUACAGCAAGAGUCAGCAUUUGUGUUUCAUGGCACCAAAACCGAGGAUGCGUCUGAAAAGAAGGUGGAGGCUGUGCCUGAAAAGAACAAGAACCCGUCACUAGGAGCAACAAGUGCCUCGUUUAACUUCGGCAAGAAAAUCGAUAGUUCUGUGUUGGGCUCCUUAAACUCUGGCCCCUUGACUGGAUUUUCAUUUUCUUCUGGAAAGCCCAGUUUAUUUGGCAAAGAUGUUACCCAGAGUAAACCAGUCUCUUCACCAUUUUCUGCCAGAACAUUGGAGAGCCAAGCAGAAGGUGGUGGUAACGAGGGCAGAGGUGGAGAUGAAGAGGAGAAUGAUGAGCCACCCAAAGUAGUAGUUACAGAAGUAAAAGAAGAAGAUGCUUUUUACUCCAAAAAGUGUAAAUUAUUUUACAAGAAAGACAGUGAAUUUAAAGAGAAGGGUGUAGGCACUCUGCAUUUAAAACCUACAGCAAGUCAGAAGACACAGCUUUUAGUGCGGGCAGACACCAAUUUAGGCAACAUACUGCUCAACGUUCUGGUUCCGCCCAACAUGCCGUGUACCCGCACAGGGAAGAACAAUGUGCUCAUUGUCUGUGUUCCCAACCCCCCCGUUGAUGAGAAGAACGCCACCACCCCGGUCACCAUGUUGAUUCGGGUGAAGACGAGCGAGGACGCAGAUGAGCUGCACAGAAUCUUGCAGGAGAAGAAGGAUGCCUGAGCACGCGUCCGCUGAGGAGCAGUUGCCAAGCUGCUGCUUCCCCCACCGCCCCCCACACUUAGUCAGUUUUCUUCUCUUCCUACUUUGACAUUCUAGGACUUAUAGAUAACUUAAAACUUUUGUGAGGAAGAUGAAUGUGGCCAAUAAAACCUUUAAUGUU